AUGGCUGAUCGUCUGACCCAACUUCAAGACAUCGUUAAUCAAGUAAAAAUACCACGUUGCGUUAGAAUAAAACAAAAAUAUUACUUCCGUAAAUCAAUAGUGUGGUUAGGAGUUACAACUGUAACAUCAAUUUUAGUUUUUGAAUAGAUUUUUUAAGUUACAAUUAAACCUACACGGCUACUCAGUACUAACUACUUCUAAUUUUAAACAAAAAUCAAAUAACAAUUGGACUUUUAAUGUGUACCUUAUAUUAAUAUUUAGCUAAAUCACCCGAGCUCACCUAUGACAGUAAAUUGUUUUUGCCUGUAAAUUACUCUAAAUGAAAUUUUUUAAAUGUUUUUUCUUUGUUUGUGACAACCAAAUUAAAUUUUAAUAACUGUUUUUUUUUUCAUUCGUGUCGUAAGUAACUUAUAAAUCAUCAAAAAAGUUCAAUUUUCGUUUCAAAAAUAUCAAAAUUCCGUGUUGGUCACUCUUUUGCUGUUAUAUUUUAAGAUAAUAAUUAGACAGUGAUUUUCCUCUUGUUUUAGAUGUCAUUUGUGUAAAGUUUCGUUAAGAUCAUUAAAAAAAUUGUAGAUAUGUAUAAAAAAUCAACAUAUUUGAAAUUAGAUUUUGUUUAUAAAACGUAUACUAACUGUUCUGUUCAGCUUAGCCAUAGUAUUAAACAAAAAAAAAAAAAAGUUAAAACGUUUCCUUGGAACUCCCUGUUUCUGUCCCCAAACAGUUUACUAUUGUUAUCAUAAGUUUUAAAAAAUUAAUUUUCUUUACAUCUUUUAAGAGUGGAAUUUUGAAUAAAUCUUUUAUUAGUGGUUUUCUUCCCAAGGUAGUUUUUGAGUAUAGAUCAUGAAUGAACAUUUAUUUUAUAUAGUAGAAACUAUGUUUAUAUAUAUAUAUGUAUAAAUUAAAUUUAAAUAUAAACUUAAAAAUUCCUAUAUACGUACUGUAUAAUGUGCUUAUUGUAUAUUAUUUAAUGUUGAGAAUUAUUAUGACUCUGAUUUGCUAUUUUAAUUUUACAGCAAGCGGAUAACUUUUGUAACAGUAUAGGAAUUUUACAACAGUGUGCUUUACCAUCCAAAUUUUCCAAUUUUGAUAGAAACGGGUCACAAACUCCACAACAACAAGAAGGUUUGUGUUUUUUUUGUUAAAAAUUACUUAUUACUAGGAAAAUUAAUUAUGGAAUACUAUUUUAGAUUAUACGAGUUUAUUUUCUUCACUCAUAACUCGCUGUGCUAAAGAUAUUGAUGCAUUAAUUGAAUCAUUACCUAAUGACGACACUUCUACAGAAUUACAAGUCUGUAUAGGGUAUAGAAUUAAUUAAUUAUACAAAUAUGAAUUAAUUAUUUAAUUUGUGCAGGUCGCAAGUUUGAGAAGAUUAGAACAAGAAAAUCAGUUAGCUGCAGAACGUUUAGAAGAAGUUGUUCGAAAAGGAGAACUUCUUCUAGAACAGAUACAAGCAGCUUUGUCCGAUAUUGCUCAACAGCAGUUAGAUAUUCAGCAGAGUAGUGAUAAUCACACAUGCUAA